CGGGAGGAGACCACCGGAGACGGCGGGCGGAGGGUGGAGGGUGGAGUGCUGCGGGCAGGAGCGGCGCCAUGGUGUACAUCUCGAACGGUCAGGUUUUAGACAGCCGGAAUCGGUCACUAUGGAGUUUAUCAUUCAUAACAGAUCUCUUUUGGGGAAUCGCUGACUUUGUGAUUAUGUUUUUCAAAAGCCUGCUUCAACAAGAUGUGAAAAGAAGAGGCUACGUUAGUUCAUCUGAUUCCCGGUAUGAUGAUGGAAGAGGGCCUCCGGGAAAUCCUCGCCGCAGAAUGGGCCGGAUAAAUCACCUGAAAGGCCCUAACCCCCCUCCAAUGGCCGGUGGAUGAGGAAGGUAAAUGCCUGCUCUGAGAAGCGGGCGAAAAGACACACCCUCCCUUGGACAAAGGAAAAGAAAAUCAAGUGUUGACCUUGGAGCAGUGGAGGGCCCUGUGUCUGAAGAAAGCUUGCUCUGUUUCUCCACAGAUUAAUGAUGUUAUGCUGGGAACUCCCACCAGCUGGGAUCCAGUGUGACUGAUUGCAGUUGUAUAAAUGCACAUGUUCACUAUCUCUUAUUUUGUAUAGUUUGUGAAAAGUCUCAUGUAGUUCUAAUAGUAAAUAUUUUCAGCUUGCAAAGCAUUGCUUUUAUUCCGCCUUGUUUGAUAAUGUCCCCUGAAUUUGAGGGGAAAACCAUCACUACAAAAACAUUAAGUUUAUUUUUAAAGUUCAGGAAAGACUUAAUAUUACUGUGGGUGGUCAUUUUUCAUUUCUUAAAUAUGUUCCUUUGUUUGCUUUAGUUUAUGAAUAAAUCACAUGGCACUUUUCAGUUUCCUAA